AUGAUAACUGGUUGUGAGUUGUUUAUUGCCCAAGAAAUCAUGCAUCUUCUAAAACCUUUCGAAGCUGCUACUAGAGAAAUAUGUGCCCACAAAUAUAUAACAGGUAGUCAAAUUAUCCCAUUGAUGCAUUGCUUGAUAAAAAAAAUUGAAUCAAUAGAAGUGAAUGGUGUUGUGGCUUCGGCUUUAAAAUCGAAUUUAAGAAACAAUUUACAAACCAGUGCAGUGGCUUCUUCAAAAGUCAUCAAUACAAUUAAAACCAAAAUUUUAGAACUUAGCACAGACUCCAGUGAAACCAGUUCACUUAAUGAAAGUUUUUCUGAAGAUGACCCUGGCAGUUUAUGGGCAGUACAUAAACAGUUAGUGUCAAAAAAAGCCUUAACAGAACCAAGCUUGAAUGUCAACGAAAUGCCUACAGAUCUCAAGCAUUACUUAAACCAACCGACAGUGUUAUUAACUGAUAAUGUUUUAAGUUUAUGGGAUAUUCAUGGACCCAUAUAUCCUCAUUUAAAAAAAGUUGUAAAUCCUUAUUUAGGAAUGGUAGCUACUUCUGUACCUUAG